GUGGGUUGAAAACUUGAAAUGGUAGCGUAGAAUCAUUCCUCGGAACUUUUGCGAAAUACAAGGAAAAACUACAAAUGGAGAUUAAAGCUGAGGUUGAUGAUUAGAAGAAGAUUUGAAGCAUUCUCAAAGGAAGGUGCCAAAUUUUCAAGUGUUCAGCAGGUAUCCAAUAGAACAAUGCCACGUAUGCCGUAAAACGUGGCGGCGUCCAAUAAUAGUCUGACUGUGACGCAAAAUCCGGGAACCAUAUCAAUGCGAGCCAUUAAGGCGAACUAUUUAAUCCCCAAAUUUGCAAAUCGAAGAAUCAAAGUCAACAUUCAAUCUCUUUCGAUCAGAGUGGUGACCGGAGAGAAGACUAGCCGGCCGGCCAGGAGGAGGAUCGAUUCGCUGCAAUUCUUCUUCAUCUCUCCGGCUACCCAAUUUCUUACGAAAUCAUGACAACAUCAAGGCGUCUUGCGGACCGAAAGGUGGGGAAGUUUGAGAGGAAUAUCACAAAGAGGGGGUCUGUUCCAGAGACCUCCGUUAAGAAGGGGAAGGAGUAUCCUGUUGGGCCCCUGCUGCUUGGAUUCUUCAUAUUUGUUGUCAUCGGAUCAUCUCUCUUCCAGAUAAUCAGGACAGCAACAGGCGGAGGCAUGGCUUGAUUUGAUUUGAUACGAUAUAUAAUCCUCUGAUUUUGAGAUAUGAUGGUGUUAUUAUUACACAUUACGUUGUGUCUUCUCUUUUCUAAGGCAGAAAGAUGAACACAAAGGAAAUGUUUUUAUUAUUUUUUUUUAUUUUUCGCUUUUAAAUGGAAUUGAUUCCGCAGUUGUUCCUUCUUCUUGUGGGAGAUUUCAAGAUUUUUGACAAUAGUAUUGUUACCCUUUCUCUC